AUGGCCUUAUCUCUGGGCUACCAGCUGGGGGCGUUCACUGCUCCGUCUCUGGUGGUGGUCUCUGGGGGCCCCUGCGGCGACUGCAGCAGCAGCAGCGACAGCAGCAGCAGCAGCAGCAGCAGCAGCAGAACAGCUGAUCUGCUGCAGAUGCGGCGGUGGGUGCAGCUGGCCAAGGAGUGGGCACCCCACUUAAGUCUGCGGCCAAUCCUGUCUCCUGAAGAUGCUGCAGGGGCCCUUUUGCUGCCGCAGGUGGAAGGGGGAGCAACAGCAGCAGCAGCAACAGCAGCAGCAGCAGCGGCGGCGCCCAGCUGCUACGCCUUGCAUGCAUCAGCAGCCAGCGAGCCAGAGCAGGCCACAGCGUCGGCGGCUGCAGCUGCAGCAGGUGCAGCAGCAGCAGCAGCAGGGGGGCCCCCAGGACCCUCUCAGGGGCCCCUCUAUAUCACCACAUUUGCUGCACUUGGGAGGGGCCCCCAGUCCCCCACAUUUCAGCAGCUGCGGCGGCAGCACUCGUCUCUGUCGCUGCUGAUAGUUGAUUCUCGCUGCCGCCGCCAGUGCGCCUGGGAGCAGCAGCAGCAGCAGCAGCAGCAGCAGCAGCAGGAGCAGCAGCAGCAGCAGGACACUGGCAGCGCCGCUUGCUGCUGCAGCGCGCUGGACUCGCCCGCGUCUGUCUCCUACGCUGUCAUGGCAGCAGCAGACAGCUGCUGGGCACCCGAGGCAAAAGGGCCCUGCAGCAAACCCUCUGCAGCAGCAGCAGAGCAGGGGGGCCCCCAGCAGCAAGGGGGCCCCUCGGAAGAGGGGCCCCCCAACCCCCCCCAAUCUGUUAGGAAACUGAUAAUCACAGACCACGCCGUCAGCAGGCAGUACUCCGCCCUGCGGCUGCUGCUGCCGCAUUUGCUGCCGGGGGUGUUCAGAAGUGCUGCUGCAGUGGACCGGCUGUCUCAGUGUGAAGCGGCGUCAGCUGCCAGUGCAGCAGCAGCAGCAGCAGGAGACCCUCCAGCAGCCACAACUGCAGCAGCAGCAGCAGCAGCAGCUGGUGCAGCAGCAGCAGCUGGUGCAGCAGCAGCAGCAGCACUGGCGUUUGCGCGUGGCUGCGCCUUUCCCCUCAUCCUUAGAAGGUCCCGCAGCUCCGUGCUGCUGCAGGACCUGCCGCCGCUGCAGCGGGAAGUCCAUUUGCUGCGGCUGUCUUCCUAUGAGGAGCAGCAGUACACAGAAAUUGAAGCUGCAUGCGCGCAGGGCCUGCUGGCUGCUGCGGGGGCUGCCCCCUCCGCAGCAGCAGAAGCAGCAGCAGCAGCAGCAGCAGCAGCAGCAGCAGAAUCCGACUUCCUCGCUGGGGCCGGCGGGGACGUCGAAACCAUCACUGCCAAAACUGUAGAAGCCAUGAGGCUCGUUUGCCUGCACCCUGCGCUGGUGGCUCCCUGCAUCAGCAGCAGCAGCAGCAGCAACAGCGGCAGCAGCAGCAGCAGCAGCAGCAACAGCAGCAGCAGCAGCAGCAGCAUAGAUGAUGUUGCUGACCCAGAAGAGGGAGACAUGCCUCUGGUGACACCUGAACUGCUCGAGCGGCUGCUGGAGGCCCUGGCCGUCGCAGUGCCCAUCGGCCGCAGCCUCAGCAGCAAGCAGCGAAAAGAGGCGCUGCGGCGGCGGGUGUGCAGGUGGAGGCAGUGGGAAGCUGCGCAUGUAGCGCUGCAGCUGGGGCUGCUGCAGCAGCAGCUGCUGCAGCAGCACAUGGUCCGCUGCAGCAGCAAGCUCACAUGGCUGUGCCGGCACCUGGAGGACUUGCGGACGGCAGCAGCAGCAGCAACAGCAGCAGCAGCAGCAGCAGCAGCAGGCCAGAAGCCCCCCGAGCCGCCGGCGGACGGCGUGUCUCGAGAAGAGGCGCUGCGGGCCAAAGUGCUGCUGCUAAACCCUCUGCCCCUCACUGUGGGGCCCCGCAGCAGCAUGGGGCUGCUGCUGCGGGAUGUGCUGCUGCCGCGGCCGCUGGUCAUAGACAAAGGUGACAGCGCGCUGGCAGCAACUCAGAAGCUGCGGGACUUUAAGAGGGCUUGUCUUUCUCAGGUUCAGGUGCUGUUGGUCGAGGACCUGGAGCUGCUGCUGCUGCUGCCGCCCCACAUGUUUGCUGGCCUUCGCCAGGUGGUGUGGCUGGCCCCUGCACUCAGCAGCAGCAGCAGCAGCAGCAGCAACAGCAGUCGCAGCAGCAGCAGCAGCGAGCAGGCUGGAACUUCGGGGGACUCACUUGUUGCUCCAGAGGUUCCCCAGGGAUGCGCAGCCUUCACAAGCGCUGUGGAGCAGAGGCUGAUGUCUGUCGGGAGCGCGUCGCCCUUGAUAGUGCAUUACUUGAUUUGCGCGCGGACUUACGAAGAGUUCCAUUUGCGGCCUGAGGCCUCCGACGGCCCCCCCUUCGCCUAA